AAAUGUUUUCAUAAACUAGUUAGUAAUCAACUUUAUUUUUCGUCAUCUGUGUUUCUUUUAAUUUUAUUUGAACAGUAUUUUUUAACGAUAGUCAAUUUGUAAAGGAGAUCAAUUUAACUCAGCAAAUCCCGUUUUUUCUUCACCAGACUUUUUAUUAUUCAUAAGUUUUGUGACUAAAUAUGUUUGAUCAAGCUUUAAGAUAAUAGUUUUCAUUAAAAUGGGAAACAUUAACACAGUUGGUCCAAAUGAGGCUCUUGUUGUUUCAGGUGGCUGCUUCGGAUCAGCUAAAAAAACUAUGGUUGUCGGUGGUUGGGCCUGGUCUUGGUGCCUGCUUACUGACGUUCAAAGAUUAUCUUUGGAAGUUAUGACAUUAACUCCAAAAUGUGAAAAUGUUGAAACCUCUCAAGGAGUGCCGUUAACUGUUACUGGUGUUGCUCAAUGUAAAGUAAUGACAGAAGGAGAGUUUCUUACCAUAGCAGCAGAACAAUUUCUUGGAAAAGAUGUCAAUCACAUAAAAUCAGUUAUACUCCAGACUUUAGAAGGGCACUUGAGAGCUAUAUUAGGAACUCUAACCGUUGAAGAAGUUUACCGGGAUAGGGAUCAAUUCGCAUCUUUAGUACGAGAAGUUGCUACACCCGAUGUUGGUCGUAUGGGAAUUGAAGUUCUCAGCUUCACAAUCAAAGAUGUUUUCGAUGAAGUUGAUUAUUUAGCUUCUCUGGGUAAAGCUAGAAUAGCUGCAGUCAAAAGGGAUGCUAGCAUAGGUGUUGCUCAAGCUGAAAGAGAUGCCGGAAUCAGAGAAGCUGAAUAUAAAAAAGCUGCCCUUGAUGUAAAGUAUGGAGCCGAUACUAAAGUUGAGGAUUGUAGUCGAAUUUACCAAAUACAGAAAGCUCAAUUUGACCAAGAAGUCAACACCAAAAAAGCUGAAGCUCAACUAGCUUAUGAACUACAAGCGGCCAAAAUGCAACAGCUUAUUAAAAAAGAAGAAAUGGAAAUAAGUGUUACCGAAAAGCGAAAACAGAUUGCUAUUGAAGAAAAAGAAGUCAUUAGAAAAGAAAAAGAACUUCAAUCGACGAUCAGAUUACCUUCGGACGCUGAAGCAUUUAAACUAGAAACUCUCGCAUCUGCAUACAAAACAGAAACAUUGGAGGCUGCUAGAGGGGAAGCUGCGAAAACAAAGCUUAUUGGAUCGGCCGAAGCAUCAGCCAUCGAAGCUAUCGGAAAAGCAGAAGCUGAAAGGAUGAGGAUGAAAGCGGCUGCUUACAAAGAGUAUAGCGAAGCAGCUAUCCUUUCGCUUACUCUCGAAGCUCUUCCUAAGUUUGCUGCCGAAGUUGCUGCUCCUUUAGCUAAAACUGAACAAAUAAUUUUAUUAGGUGGGAAUAAUGGAAUAACUAGUUCGAUUUCACAAUUAGCCAGUGAAAUCCCGCCGACAAUUCAAGCACUGACCGGUUUAAGCGUGGCAAAAUCAUUGGACAAAUUUUUCACUGAAUGAAUUCAAUAUAAUCACUGACACCUCAUCAACGAUCACAACGAAAGCAUAGUAGACGAAAGUUUAUUCAUAAUAGAUACCAAUUUAGAUGCUGCAUAAUAGAUAUACUUUGCUAAUGGUUUUAGGAAAUUACCAAAACUAUUUUGUAACGAACAAAGAAUAUUUCAUGCUAUUUUUUCCUGUUAAACUUCAUCAUUAAGCAUAAAAAACUCGAGUCCUACUUCCAGCAAAAGUCAAGCCAAAGCUAAUCAAGUCAUUUUUCGAUCAAUGAUAAUUCAUUGAAUUCCCAUUGAUUGUAUUUUUCUAAAUUGUAAUAGUCACCAAGAUUCUUCAAUUGAAGAUAAAACUUGGAUUCAUUCCUUUCCACCUUUUUAAAUAAUAUUUUAUUCAGAGCAAUUUA